GAACCUGACCGAGGUUGUGACAGCUGUCUCAGCCAGGUAGAGAUGAAGACGGGCCAAGCUGAAACUGGGAGAUGUGGGAUCAGCUACCGGAGCUGAUAUUGACGCAGAUAUUCGGUCAUCUUGGUCGUGAGGAUCGUGCCAACGUUGCACAAGUUUGUCAGCCAUGGAACCGUGCACUCUCGUCGCCGGUUCUUUGGCGUUCCGUAACAGUCCUCAUCGAUCGUGAUCUGCGGGGUGACUUCCCAUUGGCGGGAGAACUAGCAGCAAAGUAUGGCCAGCAUAUGCGCAGCCUGGAACUCGCCUGGUCGCGGCCGUAUAUUUUGCCAAGGGAAGCGAGAAUUACUCGUAACAUUCAAGCUGAAGCUGGUGCCGAUUUUCUUAUGGUCGUGCGAGCCAUGAAUGUUCAAUUAAGGAAGCUGAUACUCACCGACUGGAUCUUCAGCUGCAAAUGGGGGAACAGAGGCAAGCUGUUGUAUGCUCUUGCAAACUUCUUAGGCUGUCAGCACAACUUAGAAACGUUGAGUUUGCUGAACGCGAAUCUCGGCGUGAGCGACGUGUUGCGGCUUCUUGCAAGCGCUUCUAGAGGUUGUAGCGAACAUUUGGCAUACUUGGAUCUCCGCGGUGCGUUCCGAGAAUGGCAAGCUCCUCAUAGUAAUUCGAGAUAUCUGCGUUUACUCUGUCGGUUUCGCGCGUUGACCGUGCUCAGACUCGAUUAUCCGGCCCUGUCGGAUCAGACCCUCAACGCUUUAGCGAACGCGGCCCCGAAGAUGUUGAAAACGUUGCACAUAUCCGUUCGAGACUCUGAUUCUAGGCAGCAUACCAUCGCGGACACUGCUUGGCACAAUUUAGCCAUCGUUUGCCCUGAGCUCACGGUCUCGUACACGAUAGUUAACAUCUCCCAUUACGAAGAUAUGUGCUACUUGCUGUUGCCCAGCGUGCCACUGGCAAGAUUUCAAAUGUUCAGCGGACACGUGUGGGACCAAAGCAGAUCUCGUAAUUUCAGAAGCACCGUCGGACUUCUUAUCGCCCAUUACACCGAUACGCUAGCGGAAGUGAUGCUUCAACUGAGAAACAAUCGUGAACUGCUCGACGAUUUACUCAUCGCCAUGCUCGUGCGUUGCAAACACUUAACAAGAUUACAGUACGAUGGCAUAAUAAGGAGUCUCGACACAUUGCGAGACAUCUGUCAGCUCCAAGCCGAGAGCAAAACUCGUUUUCGAACGAUCCACGUGAAUCCACGGAACGUUAACGCUCGCAACCGUGCCGUAUUGAACGACAUUAAUUACCAUUACGACCACAAGAUGAUGGAACAAGGCGUGGACUUUCGCAUCGAGGACUCCGCCUCGGUUCUACUGUUCUACUGAAGCCUUCCAUUUUCUUGGCUGUGCACCCGGUAUCUGUCCCACUCGCGUCUCAUGAUACCACGACCAAAAAAUAAACCGAAACCUGCCCUUUAUCUUUGGUACGAUUGACUUUUCUGUUUUUUCUAUUUUAAUUGUACACAUUUACUUUUAUGGACCGUUUAUCGUUUGUUAAAUAUUUUAUACGACAUAAAGGAUUUUUCACGA